AUGAUUUCAUGGAAGGCAGGUUUACAUUUAACAACCGUAGAAUGCUCCUUAGCUAUUGAAAGUUUGCCGUCAGACCUUCGAGAGGAGCUCACUACGGUCAGGCAUCUAGAUCACCAGGCACACAAUGCAAUGAAUUCCCUGAAUCUGAGGAUCAGUGCCUUUUUUGACAGCUGCAAAUCAUCUCGACUAUCAGAAAGAGAAAAGGGAAUUGAAUACGAGCAAAUACUUAAGGAGUUUGCUAGAGCUGCAGAUUACUCAAAGAAGAAGGUGGCUAUCGUGAAAAAUAUUUACAUUACGUAUCAAAAAGUUAUGAAAAAAUUGGACUCAGAAUUGGAAAAAUUUCGACUGGAGUUGGAGGCGGAUAAUUCUGGAGUCACUUCAAAAAUCGAACAUCGUAUUCGCACUCUUCUUGGGCGUAAUAUGCCUGGAGCGAAUAGGCUAGAGAAGCGUCGUGCGAAAUUUCGCAGUGGCCACUUUUUCAACACUAAUCGUGCUCUUCCAAAGAGGAGAACGCCCUUCUCCCUUGAGACACCAGAGAAGCAGUUUUACGUACUUAAGCGGCGUUUCGCAGCUUUCGACACCCCAAUGAAUUUGCUUCCACCUUCUCCCUAUAGCGGGAAUGGGCCGUCAUUCAUGGCUGAAGAAGCCUCAAGUUUUCUCAUGUCAGAAAAUAACAGUCGUUUCCUAACCUCCGACGGAUUACGUCACAUCCCAAGCACCGGAAGUCCCAAUUCGAUAGAUCACGAUAUGCCAGAUCAAGACUUUGGUGCCUUUCAGGCAGAUUCUCAGGACUUCUGCGAUGACGAUGAAGACGAUCUCCAACUUAAUUUCGAUCCCACUAAGCGAUCUCGUACGCUUGGCACCCCUCAACGGUCUACAGGAAUUUCAAUGGAUCAUCACAGAAUCCACCACGGUGGAUCAUCAUGCUAUUCCCCCUUCGUGAAUACAUCGGACACUGAAGCAGUAACUCUUGGUGCCGGAGGCAGUGCUGUUGUCACCGACCAAUCGAUCGACGAGUUGCUGACAAACCCCACUACGUCUGCGUCUCCAAGCCUCAAAUGCGGCGAGAGUCCUCGUUGGGUUGGCGGUGUGGCUGCCGCUACCACUAUUGACAAGAAUCGUCGCGUGGGUGUCCACUCCCGUCGCCCCAGUCAAAUGAGCUCCUCCACUAUCGACACCAACGAUGAGACGGGUGGUUACGUGUCCUCAAGUGAACCGCAUCACCUCCCUCACUCCCACCGUUACGCUCAGUCACCAGCCGGGCCGUUGAAGGAUCAGCAACAGCAACGACAGCAGCAGGACUCCCAUGCCUCAACGACGACUGCCGGUGCUGUUGUGGACGAGAGCAAGUACUGCUUCUGCAAAGAUGUCAGCUACGGAGAUAUGAUUGCCUGUGACGCUCCUAACUGUCCGAUUGAGUGGUUUCACUAUCCGUGUGUAAACCUCACUGUAGCUCCAAAAGGCCGGUGGUAUUGUCCAAUAUGCACCGCCAACGGUGCUGCUGGGACAAGGUUCGCUGGAAUGUCCUCCACUUCGAGAAAAAGGAUGAGCCGCAGGUGA